UUUUCGCACGUUGUUGUGGUUUUACGUAAGGAUCCCAUCCUGAAUCCGCAAUGGGUGUAGUUUAUUGGUUUCUUGGUUAUCUUUCUGAUGUUCAAUUAUGUUUCGUUAGUCUCAGAGGUAUAUGGUUCCCGUUCUGUAGUAUUUCAAGUGCAUGGCAGUAGCCUGGUAGCCUGAUAACACGGGCCAGGUUUUGAUAGAUUUCCGUUUGUGUUUCACUGUUUCUGAACUUUUCGCAUGUCAUCAGUCGCCUGGCCCAGCGCACUUUGAUCGUGAAUGAGUUCGUGAUUCUUGCGCUUUUCGUGGCGCUUUCGUUCUCAUUUGGAAUUAACGUUCUUUUUGAGGGCGAUUUCGUUGUAUCUAGAAGAAAGGCAGCGCAAUGGAGAGUGACGAAGAAAUGGGCUACGAUUACGACGCCGACGACAACCUGGACUUUGCCACUCCCCCCUCCACCUCCAACUCCGCCCGGCCGCGCCCCGUCCACGCAGGUGCUGGUGAUUACGGACUGAAUGAUUCCGUGGACGAAGAUGACGGGGAGUUCGAUGAUCACAUUGGCAGUGACGAGGAUGUCAGUCUGGAUGACGAUCUCGGUCUGAGCGGCGAUGGACGCUUUCGCCGCGAAUCACAAGUCCUCUCCUCAUCCCUCCGCGAAGCCGGCGUUUCCGGCGCGGGAGCGUUGAACAGCCCCUCUGCGGGUGGGAAGGAACCGCUGCAUGCCAUCUCCACCAGUGGACAAGAUGUGCCGUACGAUGUCCUCUCGCCGGAACAGAUCUGCCAGUACAUGACGGAGGUGGUGCGAGAAGUCAAUCAAGUGCUCCAGCUUCCCACGACAACUGUCAGGCUGUUAUUGAGUCAACUGAACUGGGAUAAAGAAAGUCUGAUGGAACGAUUUUUUGAGGAUAGUGAAAAGUUGUUCCAGGAUGCUCAUGUUGUCUGCCGAUCGGAUUCGAUCGGAUCGGAUAAAGAGGAUAUGCAUGCUGCAAGUACAUCGAAAGAAACAUGCGAGAUUUGCUACACAACUUUGAAAAGCGGUUCUGGUGAUUGGAAGGGCACGGAUUGUGGUCAUCGGUUCUGUGGGAGUUGCUGGAAAACAUACUUGACCGGAAAGAUUGUGGAUGAGAACAUAACGUAUAAGAUUGAAUGUCCGGCGCAUGAUUGUCACAUUUUGGUGGAUGAUGUAUUUGUGAUGCAAGUGAUCAGCAAUAGUCAUAACGUGAGGAGAAAAUAUCAGCAUGGAAUCACCAAUUCUUUCGUGGAAUCCCAUCGCUGUAUGCGAUGGUGUCCCGGUGCAGAUUGUUUAUACGCGGUGCGAGUCCGCUCGGCGGAGUGGAUGCCGGUCAAAUGUACCCAGUGUCAAACUACCUUCUGCUUUCUCUGCGGCCAACCUUGGCAUGAUCCAGUGACAUGUGAUGUUCUGAAACGAUGGAGGAAAAAGUGUGCGGAUGACAGCGAGACCAGCAACUGGAUUGCUGCUAAUACCAAGGAGUGUCCCACGUGCCACGCUACAAUUGAAAAGGAUGGUGGUUGCAAUCAUGUUGUUUGUAAGAAUGCCGUUUGCAAAGCAGAAUUCUGUUGGAUCUGUUUGGGUCCGUGGCAGCCCCAUGGGUCAUCCUGGUUUAAGUGCAACCGCUAUACUGAUGAUGAAGCCAAAGCAGCUCGAGAUGCUCAGGAAAAGUCACGAUUUGCGCUACAGCGAUAUCUCUUCUAUUUUAAUCGCUAUAUGAAUCAUCAGCAAAGUUUGAAGCUGGAAACCAAGUUAAACAACUCCAUUCUCCUCAAGAUGGAAGAAUUACAGCAGCACAAUAUGUCCUGGAUUGAAGUGCAGUUCUUACAGAAAGCAGUGAAUAUUCUGCAACAGUGUCGCCAAACUUUAAUGUACACGUACGUAUUCGCCUUCUACCUGCAGAAGAACAAUCAGCAGAUCAUGUUUGAAGAUAAUCAACAUGAUCUGGAGAAUGCGACAGAAACCCUAUCCGGUUACCUGGAACGUGAUAUUACCGGUCAGAACGCGGUGGAAAUCAAACAGAAAGUGCAGGAUAAAGCCAGUUAUUGCGAAAUACGCCGGCGAGCCUUGGUGGAUCAUGUGCAUGAAGGCUAUGAUAAAGAUUGGUGGGAAUUCUCAUCGUAAAAACCCGAAUGAAAUAUUUUUAUCAUAGUUUUCUGUUACCCGUUUAUCGGUUUCCUCAUCUUUUGUUUUUUUGUGCUGUUUGGUUUCUUUUGUUUCAUAGUUUAAUAUUGGUCCUUGCACGGCGGCUGAAUAUAUUCAAAAGAUGUCAUGGUGAUUUUAUUAGAGUAAAAAUUUUAUUCUCUAUGCUUGUGCCAAGUUAUAAUCGUAAUGCUCACAGUCAGAAACUCAACUUCGUUAGAACUGCUAAAUUAUUUGACCUCAAAAAGUGGUGUUUGACGUCUGACGAUCGAA